AUGAAGGCCUUUAUUGUGUUCGCCUGCUUAGCGGUGGCGACGGCUCGCGCCGGUAUCGCCGGUGGAUAUGGUGGUGGCUAUGGUGGUGGCUAUGGUGGCUAUGGCCACGGUCUUGCCAUCACCGGAAGUGGAAUCAGAUCUGGACACGGUCUGAGCGGUGGUCUUGCCGCUGGUGCUGGAACCGCCGCCUCCCUCCAGGGAGGUGCCUCCAGCUUGGGAUCUGGUGGUCUUGGUGCCAGCUAUGCUGCUGGUGCGGCGGCGGCGGCUGGCUCUGCUGGUGUUCAGCAGAUCGUCUCUGGUGGAGUCCUUGGUGGCAGGUCUGACAUCGGACCCGCUGAGGGACCCAAGGCCAACGUUGGACCCCAGACCGGACCAUCUGAUCUCGUAGGACCCCAGGAGGGCGCCAAGUCCGUUGGUGGACCUCGUACUGGACCCGCUAGCCUUGUUGGACCCGCUGCUGGCCCAUCCACCCUUGUUGGACCGUCUCAGGGAACCGCCACCCUUGUUGGACCUUCCCAGGCUACCGCUAACCUGGUUGGACCCAGCUACGGAGGUGUUGCCUUCUUUGCCGGAGCUGGUGGCAUCAACGGUGAUGAUGGUACCUCUGGUGCUGCUGCUAACGCUGCGCCCGGUGCUGGUCUUGGAGGUCUUGGACUCGGUGGCGCUGGAAUCGCUGUCAUCGGUGGUGGCGGUGGAAUCAAUGGUGGACUCGGUGGUGGUGAUGCCGGAGUUGCUGUGAUCAACGGACCAUCUGGCGCCAUCCACGCCGGACUCGGCACUCACGGAGCCGUCAUCCCCGCCAUUGGCAAGUGGUAGACGUUUUAAGACCCCAGCGAUCUCGGCUCGGCGACGGCGGCAAACCCACCACAGUCACUUACCGGUCUCGAACGAUCCUCAAACGCGCUCAACGUCUUCUUCCCAAAGUUUCGUCCAGUCUUGGAACAUGAUCGGUGCGCGUUCAGCGCUAGUGAUAUGAUCGGUAAACGCUCGGAACACACACACACGCAUGUCGGAUGAGAUCGUCAGGGACGACACCGAGAUCCGAGCGUCCGUGACCCGCGGCUCCGUAUCGUUUCCACCCCGUUCACGGCUCGUCACAACCGGGCCACAAAUUUAGUCAAUUUCCGUUCAUCGAGAUCAACAAUAAGGGAAAAUCGAGUCGGACCGCGAUUAACCGGUCUUGGUCGAUGCGAACAUCCGCUCCUCGACGAGCCUCCGCCCGGAAAUCGGCGAACGUCGCCGGACAUCGGCACCGUACAUCCACCGCACAAUCCGAGCCGCAACCGCGUGCAUCAAAAUAGGCCACCCGUGCACACGCGCAUCACGCUCCACCGUCAUGGACCUAGCAAGUGGACGAGCUUUGGCACUUCGUCGUCGGACCAACCGGAUCUGUUCUGUUUUCUGAACACCUACCGUUGCUCCGGGCGAUUCCUUCUUCUCUUACGUCUUCCACCAUCCGUAAGGCCGCCGCUCUUCACGCAUAUAUACUAUUCUCUCUUUUUCCACGGGUUGGACGUGUCACAAGCGCGUCUCCUCCCGCAUGUUGUUAUACUUACCGCCGCACCCCAAGCAUACAUAUUAUUAUUACAUACUCGUCCAUAUGCGCAUAUAUGUUCUUCUUAUAUAUAUAUGUAUACAUA